AGAGCCCUAGAAGAAACCAAAGCCUACACCACCCAAUCCUUAGCAAGUGUUGCCUAUCUGAUAAACACCUUGGCCAACAAUGUCCUGCAGAUGCUGGAUAUCCAGGCAUCCCAACUACGAAGGAUGGAAUCUUCAAUCAAUCAUAUCUCACAAACAGUUGAUAUUCAUAAAGAGAAAGUUGCAAGAAGAGAAAUUGGUAUUUUGACUACCAAUAAAAACACUUCAAGGACACAUAAGAUUAUUGCUCCAGCCAACCUUGAACGACCAGUUCGUUAUAUUAGAAAACCUAUUGACUAUACAAUUCUAGAUGAUAUUGGACAUGGAGUAAAGUGGUUGCUUAGAUUUAAGGUGAGUACCCAGAAUAUGAAGAUGGGUGGGCUGCCACGUACAACACCUCCAACUCAGAAACCCCCCAGUCCCCCAAUGUCAGGGAAAGGGACACUUGGGCGGCACUCCCCCUAUCGCACACUGGAGCCAGUGCGUCCUCCAGUGGUACCAAAUGAUUACGUACCUAGCCCAACCCGUAAUAUGGCUCCCUCGCAGCAGAGCCCUGUGAGGACAGCUUCUGUGAAUCAAAGAAAUCGAACUUACAGCAGCAGUGGGAGCAGUGGUGGAAGCCACCCAAGUAGUCGGAGCAGUAGUCGUGAGAACAGUGGAAGUGGGAGUGUGGGAGUUCCUAUUGCUGUUCCUACUCCAUCUCCUCCAAGUGUCUUUCCAGCCCCUGCUGGCUCUGCUGGCACUCCUCCCCUUCCUGCUACUUCUGCAUCUGCCCCUGCCCCUCUUGCUCCUGCUACUGUCCCUUCCUCCACUGCCCCAGACGCUGCUGCUGGGGGUGCCCAGACCCUGGCUGAUGGCUUCACUUCUCCAACUCCCCCUGUUGUUUCUUCCACUCCCCCUACAGGUCAUCCUGUUCAGUUCUACAGCAUGAAUAGGCCUGCCUCUCGUCAUACUCCUCCAACAAUAGGUGGCUCGUUGCCCUAUAGACGCCCUCCUUCCAUAGCUUCACAAACAAGCCUUCAGAAUCAGAUGAACGGAGGACCUUUUUAUAGUCAGAAUCCAGUAUCUCUUGCUCCUCCUCCUCCCUCCAUCCUACAGGUAACUCCUCAGUUACCUUUAAUGGGAUUUGUGGCCAGAGUCCAAGAAAAUAUUUCAGAUACACCACCUCCACCACCACCUGUGGAAGAACCGGUCUUUGAUGAAUCCCCACCUCCACCUCCUCCCCCAGAAGAUUAUGAAGAGGAGGAAGCAGCUGUGGUUGAGUAUAGCGAUCCUUAUGCUGAAGAGGACCCACCGUGGGCUCCAAGGUCUUAUUUGGAAAAGGUUGUGGCAAUUUAUGAUUAUACAAAAGACAAGGAAGAUGAGCUGUCCUUUCAGGAAGGAGCCAUUAUUUAUGUCAUCAAGAAGAAUGAUGAUGGUUGGUAUGAGGGAGUUAUGAAUGGAGUGACUGGGCUCUUUCCUGGGAAUUAUGUAGAGUCUAUCAUGCAUUAUUCCGAGUAAAGCUCAGAGGGCUGGGCUUUUCUCACAGGAAUAGUCAGGUCUUCCCAGAUUAUCUGAAGGCCCUGGGGAUUCCCCUCCAGUGAAAUAGAAUGAAGGAUACAAAUGAUAAAAACUACUUUUUUUUUUUUUUGAUUUAUCCCCCAGUAUUAAAACAGAAACAAAAAAGCAAGCUGAGUCUGAACAGAUGGAUCUUUUUGCCAUCAUUUGUACUAUGCUGAACUGUCUGGAUUGAAAUAAAGUGACUGUUUCUGAAUAUGUCAAAGGUGUAACAACAUAAUUAUGUAGCUAAAACAAAUCUGAUUAAGACUGAUUCAGAAAAAAAUUCUGGGAUCUUUCUCAGGAAUACUGUCCACCCUUGGGAUUUCUCCUCCUGCAGAGUCUGUGGCAUUGGAUGGUCUUCAUUGCCUGUGCUGAGCGGUUAACCUCAUGGCCCAGUGGGUACCUUAGCCCCGCACUUUCUUCCACUUGUAUGAGGAGGAGGCUGCCAAUAUUUAAAUAUCAUACUUAACCAUUUUUACAAUGUUUCAGAUGGCUUUUUUCCUUUUAACAUUGUAAAUUCUGCAUUCUCUCAACACUUGAAUGCACCAAAUGAGUUAAUGCUGAACUCACUUGCAUCCCUUCGUGUUUCUCAGUUUAUAGAUUAUAAGGAUGAUGAAAUGUGAAAGUCUCCAAACAUUCCAAGGGUGGUUAACAAUUGCCACAGUUUUGUUUUAAUGUGCUGCUGUGUGAGACUGCAUUGCCGCUAAUGGCCAGUGUACCAGGUGUGAAGUGUGGUAGGCGGUUCAUAUGCUGAGGUAGGUGUGCGGAGCCAGACGCGAAAGUUCCUGAGGUUCUGAAGAGACAGAACUGUACAAGUGUUCUCCUCAACAGGCAUCUUGAACCUUUGCCUUAGGUGCUAUUUUGAGGAAUAGGAUCUAAAAGGUCAAACCAAUUACUACUAUUCUUUCACUAUUUAGAAAAACACUAUUCUUUUUUGGAAGAGAACAGCCGUUAUUUUCAAGUCUCUUGUUAGUCACUGGGAAUAAAAGGCCUGCUACUGUGCUCUCUGAAUGUUAUUAAUGGUCAGUGUUAGCUGCCACUGAGUCAUUUACUCACUCAGCUCUGGAAAAGGUAAAUACUCUCCUAAUUUUGUGAUUGGACUCUGAAGUAGCUCUUAGUAAGAAUUUGAACCUUAUAUCUCAGAAUAAGAAGACAAUAUUAAUAAGAUUAAUAAGAUUAAUAGGCCCAAUCUUAAUCUUGGAUUUCAUCAUCACUUCUGUAAUCAGUAUAAGAAAUGAUGAGAAAAUCCAGGAUGGUUCACUGCUCAGUAAGCGAAUACUGUGAUGAUGGCCAGCUGAUGGUCAGGCCCAAACCUGCCAACGUGGGUUCUUCCCAGCUUUGCCAGGUUACUUCCCUGUGCCAGGCGAAAGGGGACAGGCAAUAGCUCCAUGUAUUUCAAAUGUAGGCCUUGAAUAUAACGGGUAGUGCAGAUAGAGGAACUUGAUUGAAAAAUGAAUGUGUGUAGUAGUGUGUGAGGAAAUUCAGAUGGUGUAGGCAGAAGUUAAUGUGCCACUUGUAAAUCUGUUAGCUGAGCAUAGAAGUUCAUUACCAUUUAACUGAGACCCUGCUAUAGUUUCCCUAUCAAGGUAACUUUUUUUGUGUUUUUAAAGUUGUAGUUUUUAAGAAACACAUUGCAACUUAGCUUAGCUGUUUUUCUUUUAGAUUUUCCCAACACUUUGGGUUAAGCUUUCAUUAACUUGCCUCCAGUAUAACGUUCUACUUUACGCUUUUGUUAGGUCAUCUUGACAUCCCUUAUUCUGCAUUUUCCUUCAGAGUAAUGGCCCUGACUGUCCUCUGAGCCUUUAGCUCCAUUAUGAACCCAAAUACUUGCAUAGAUUAAACUCUUCUUAGUACUGGUGUAUAACUAGGAAAAAAUUUAAAUUAGAUCUUCCAGUUAUUUGCUUAAAUAGAUUUUUGCUGAGAAAGCUUAGUAGUUUAAUGUGGCAGAAGGUAUUUUGAAAUCCAACAAAUAGUUCCCACAGCUCACAACCACAGGAGAGAAGACAACUGUACAGAAAGCAGAGUUGGUGGCAGUCAGCAGAAAUGCAGCCUGUCUGUUGGACCCCUGCUGGAUUGGGGAGUACUGAAGACACUGGUGAAGUCCUUUAUACUGAAGACCCGCAGCAGGGGGAAUCCAUGGGUCAGCUGAUUUAUUUUCUAUACAUGUGACUUUAGUUUUACAAAUACUACCUGUUGGAUUUUCUGCAUAUUUUUAAUUUUUGUAGAGUGUUAAAGUCUAUACAUUGUCUUGGAAGGAUACUAUGUAAUGAUUAUGGGCCAGGCCUACAGUAAUUGGAGACUUUUAACGUAUGUAAUAUUUCAUAGAUUGCAUGCUAUUAAUAGUCUGUGAGGGUAGUAUUUCCUGUCUUAUUAUAAGUUUCCUCCAUUUAUCUUUUUAUAAACUAAAAGAUGGUAUUAGGAAUUCCGAAAGAAUGCAGAAAUUCUUAAUGCUAUACUGUUGAUAUUUUAGCAAUGAUGAUCCAAGUCUAGAAUCUGCUGACCAGUGAGCAACCAUUUUAUCUGGGUAGUGGGACUCUAAUGGGAGUAGGAUUGUUCCCUCCUGAAGUGUUUUUGACUUUCUACUUCCUUUUUUCCUUUAUAGGAAAAAAAAAAAGUGACUGAAUAUUCCCCCCUCCCGUCCUUUUGUUUGGGUAUCACUAUUUGAAAGUCCAUGGGUAUGAAUGAAAAUACACUUUCUUGCUGUCCUUGACCUUAUGGCCAAGGCAAUAAAUCAUAAACAAAAAUGGUGCCAGUGUGUCAAAAUCUAGACCUGAGAGAUCUAGACCUUCAGCCUGCUGUGUUUGGAACAAAUAUGAAUCUUUUAAAAUGUCUUGUUCCCAGUAUUUUCCAUCUUUUGGCUACUCCUUUUCUGUCUUCCUCAGAGGCACCUGCUGUUCCCAUCUUAGGGUAGGCAAGGGCCUGCUAAUUUUGCUGUUUAUUGCUCAGCUAGAGAGAAUGUUUUAUGCAUAUUUAUAGUGAUGUCUGUAGUAAACCUGUGCUCCUUAGCAGUUUUAUGUUGAUUAAAGAAUAAGAUUUUUCUGUUUGGGAUUCACCAAAAAUCUUUUUGUUUUCAUUUUCUUUUGGCUGGUGACCUUUCUGCAUUAAGAACUGUUCUCUUAUCUUUUAUUACCUGAAGGCCACCUUUACCUUUGAAAAGGGUUUGAUGGAGGAAUUGCAGGUGGACUGCCAAGUAAUUGAAAAGUAUUGAGAUCUGUUCACUUCUGAACUUCUUUGGUGAGGAACUCCUGAUUGGUGUUGAAGUGAUAAUUUUGCCUACACAAUUUACUUAGAAUCAUAGAAUUUUAGAGCUAGAUGAGAUUUAAACAUUUUUUUAUUCAGUCUCAUUUGAAUGAUGAGGAUAGAUGUUUCUUUUUAGAUGAACAGCUAGUUAGUAAUGGUAGGGUUCCUGACUCAAUGCCCAGUACUCUUCUCCACUGUACCACAACUGUCUUAAUUAAAUGUGCUGUAUUUUUCUUUAGAAAUUGAGUUCUACUUGAUGUUUUCAGGAUUAUACUUGAAGGAGAUAUGCCAUGUUUUGAUAAAUACCAUCAGAGUAUUUGGACUGUUGUUUAAAGGCGUGUACUAAAUGCAGCCUUAAUUAGCAAAAAUAAUCUUCAUCUACCCCUUCUAAAACUAUACUCAGUAUAAACACUUUUUCCCAUAAGGUGUGUGUGUGUAGCAAAAAUAUGUUGUUUGUCCCUGGCAGGAGUGCAGCACAGCAAACAGCCUUAUUUGAGAGAGCCUUAUAAAACAGUUAUAAAUGGAGGCAUUGAGCUCAUUAGCUGUAAGUUUAUUUUAUGCUAACUUUGUUCCUAUUCUGUUGAGUCUCAUAAUUUAAAAAAAAAAUUAUGAAUGAAACGACAGGGCCUAGCUGUGUAUAAAUGAUCCUUGCUAAAUAAAGUUUUUUGUAAGAAAAAAAAAAACCCAACAAAAAGCUUAUUUUCACAUUAAAAUGAAACCUCUUUUGCAACUUCAGAAUUCUAUGGAAAAGCAGUUUUUAUCAUAUUUUGUGUCCAUGUACCUUUUUCCUUAACAAAAAGGUUUACAACAAAGAAUGUAAACAAUUUGUGAUCUGGCCAGUUGUACUUUUUAGCUCCCGGAGGGAGAGUUGGUGGUGUUAUGGGUUGAGUAUAAAAACCGUUCAGGAAAACUUGAGGGAGCAGUCUGUUGCCAGUAAUGUUUCUUUUGUGUGCCAUUAAACCACCUCCAGAUGAGUGGGGGAACAUUCACUUUUUAAUUUUUUAAUUGUAUUUGGAAUUAACUGUUGCUGUGUACUAAGAACUUGACCUAAAUAAAAUCCCACGAAGUAUA